AUGAGCAGCUCUAAAGCAUCACCAGCGAGCCUAUCUCAGCAGCAGCUGAGUAGUGUGCGUCAUCCCGGCAUCUCCGGCUUCUCCAGCGCCAUCUACCGCGGUGCGCUGAACCACAGCGCCUCGGCAGAGCUGCAGGAGGGCUAUCGCAUCUUGACGAAUGGCCAAAUGGCAAGCAUCAUUAGCGACAAGGAACUCUACAGGGCGUUCCACAACUGCGGCCUGCACACAACCGAAGAGGAAGUGAACGAUCUGCUCCGCAUCGUGCACCAGGAUGAGCACGCUCUCGGGCUGGAAUUUUCGGAGUUCAUGAUGCUGAUGACGAAGGAAAUCGAUGAGCAGUCGAUGGAGGAGAUGCGGCACGCCUUCCGCUUGCUUGACCAAAAUAAUACUGGAACCAUCACCAAGAAGCAGUUCACUGAGCUCUUCGUUUCCGCCGGGGAGCACAGCAGCGCCGAGGAGCUAGAAGAACUGAUGCUGCUGGCCGAGACGUCAGAGGAGUCGGAGGUGGUGGACUACAACAAGCUCGUUAACGAGCUCGCCAUCCGACUGAACAAGAUGUAG